AUGGAAUGUGUGAGGAUUAGGGAAAAAAGAAAAAAAGGAAAAAUAAAGAAGUUGGUGUCUGAUGGAAAGGUUGAAUUACUUAUGAUGCAAGAAACGAAGACGAAAAGUAUGAAUGAUUAUUUCGUUAGGUCCUUAUGGCCAUCAGAAAAUUUUGAGUUUAUGUUAGUGGACUCAGAUGGGAGUGCAGAAGGGUUAAUUUGUGUUUGGAACCCAGAAGUAUUCCAGUUAAAAGAUUGUUGUAGCACUAGAAAUUUUAUUCUUCUCUCAGGUGUGUUUCAUCAAUCAUUUGAGUGUGUGGUUGUAAACUUAUAUGCUCCAAAUGAGGUUAUAAGAAGGAAACAACUGUGGGAUCUGAUUAUUAAUAUUAGGCCAUUGUUUAAUAUACCUUGGUGCAUAGGAGAUGAUUUUAAUGUAAUUCAAAGGAUUAGUGAAAGAAGAGGCUGCAUACGGACUGACAGAGAGAUGAAUGAUUUUAAUAAAUUUAUUGAUCGGAUGGAAUUUUUAGAUAUGCCAAUGUUAGGUAGAAAUUUUACCUGGUUUAAUUCUUUUGAAGGUGAUAGAUGGAGCAGGAUUGAUAGGUUUCUAGUAAAUUUUAUAUGGCGUGAAAAAUUUAGAUUGAAGCUGUGGGGCCUACUUAGAAGUAUAUCUGAUCAUUGUUCGUUAUUGUUAAUGGAAGAUGACAGAAAUUGGGGUCCUCGACCUUUUAGAUUUUUGAAUGCUUAG